GGCUGUCGGCUGCGGCAGUGUGGCGAGCCCGGCAUCGCGAGGACUCCGGGCUCCCAGGAAAAGCAGAGGCAUGGCUUCGGUGUUCAUGUGCGGAGUGGAGGACCUGCUGUUCAGCGGCAGCCGCUUCGUGUGGAACUUGACCGUGUCCACGCUGCGGAGAUGGUACACCGAGAGGCUGCGGGCUUGCCACCAGGUGCUGCGGACGUGGUGUGGGCUGCGGGACGUGUACCAGAUGACAGAGGGCAGGCACUGCCAGGUCCACCUGCUGGAUGACAGGAGACUGGAGCUGCUGGUUCAGCCCAAGCUUUUAUCAAGAGAGCUGCUGGACCUUGUGGCCUCACAUUUCAACCUGAAAGAGAAGGAAUACUUUGGAAUAACGUUUAUAGAUGACACGGGUCAAGAGAACUGGCUGCAGCUAGACCACAGGGUUCUGGAGCACGAUUUGCCUAAGAAGCCCGGCCCAGCUAUUCUGCACUUUGCUGUCAGGUUCUACAUCGAGAGCAUAUCCUUUCUAAAGGACAAGAACACGGUGGAGCUGUUUUUCCUGAACGCGAAGGCCUGUGUGCACAAGGGACAAAUUGAAGUAGACAGUGAGACCGUCUUCAAGUUGGCAGCCCUGGUUUUACAGGAAAGCAAGGGAGAUUAUACCAGUGAUGAGAAUGCCAGGAAAGACUUGAAGACCCUGCCAGUCUUUCCAACCAAAACUCUUCAGGAACAUCCCUCACUGGCUUACUGUGAGGACAGAGUGAUUGAACAUUAUUUGAAAAUCAAAGGUCUGACUCGGGGUCAAGCUGUGGUCCAGUAUAUGAAAAUAGUAGAAGCCCUGCCAACCUAUGGAGUUCAUUAUUAUGCAGUGAAGGAUAAGCAGGGACUUCCAUGGUGGCUUGGGAUCAGCUACAAAGGAAUCGGCCAGUAUGAUUUACAAGACAAGGUGAAGCCUCGGAAAUUAUUUCAAUGGAAGCAGCUGGAAAACCUGUAUUUCCGUGAGAAGAAAUUUGCUGUGGAGGUGCACGACCCAAGAAGGAUUUCGGUGUCUAGAAGAACCUUUGGACAGAGUGGCCUGUUUGUACAAACCUGGUAUGCAAACUCUUCUCUCAUCAAGUCCAUCUGGGUAAUGGCCAUUAGCCAGCAUCAGUUCUACCUGGACCGGAAGCAGAGCAAAGCAAAAAUUCCUUCAGCCAGAAGUUUAGACGACAUUGCAAUGGAUUUAACGGAGACUGGGACGCAGAGGGUCUCCAAGCUGGUGACUCUGGAGGCAAAAAGCCAGUUCAUCAUGGCGAGCAAUGGCAGUCUGAUAUCCUCAGGUUCCCAGGACUCAGAAGGCAUGGAGGAGCAAAAGCGGGAGAAGAUCCUGGAGCUCAAGAAGAAGGAGAAACUGUUGCAGGAAAAACUCCUGAAAAAAGUUGAGGAGCUGAAGAAGAUCUGUCUACGUGAGGCCGAGCUCACGGGCAGAAUGCCAAAGGAGUACCCACUGAACGCUGGUGAGAAACCCCCUCAGGUCAGGAGGCGAGUGGGGACUUCAUUCAAGUUGGAUGACAACUUACUGCCUGCUGAGGAGGAUCCGGCCUUACAAGAACUAGAGAGCAAUUUCCUGAUACAGCAAAAGCUGGUUGAAGCUGCAAAGAAACUUGCCAGUGAGCCGGACCUUUGUAAAACCGUGAAGAAAAAGCGAAAGCAAGAUUACACAGAUGCUGUGAAAAGACUUCAGGAGAUUGAAAAUUCCAUAAAUGAGUACCGGAUCCGGUGUGGGAAGAAGCCCAGCCAGAAAGCCUCAGUUACCCUACCAGAAGACAUAAUUCCAUCUGAAAGUAGCUCUUUGUCGGACACCACCACCUAUGACGAUCCCAAUGACUCCUUCACUCUUGCUGGGCAGCGACCAAGUUCAGUACCUCAUUCUCCAAGAAUUCUACCCCCCAAGUCUCUCGGUAUUGAACGGAUCCACUUCAGAAAAUCCUCCAUCAACGAACAGUUCCUGGACACCAGGCAGUCUAGAGAAAUGCUGUCCACCCACAGCAGCCCUUACAAAACACUGGAGAGGCGGCCCCAAGGAGGGCGGAGCAUGCCCACCACACCAGUCCUGACUCGGAAUGCCUAUAGCAGCAGCCACCUGGAGCCCGACCCUUCAUCUCAGCACUGCCGCCAGCGGAGCGGAAGCCUGGAGUCCCAGUCCCACCACCUGCUCUCUGAGAUGGACAGCGACAAGCCAUUCUUCACCCUUUCCAAAUCCCAAAGAAGCAGCAGCACCGAGAUCCUGGACGACGGGUCUUCGUACACCAGCCAGUCAAGCUCCGAGUAUUACUGUGUGACCCCUGCCGCUGGCCCUUACUACACCACCCAGACUCUGGACACCCGAGCCAGGGGGAGAAGAAGGUCCAAGAAACACAGUGUUUCCACUUCCAAUUCAGGAAGCAUGCCCAACCUAGCACAAAAGGAUACUUUGAGGAAUGGUGUCUACUCAAAGGGUCAGGAUCCGCCUCCUUCUGGUUACUGUAUCACUGGAUACCCACCAUAUGCCGAAUGUGACCUCUAUUACGGUGGUGGCUAUGUCUAUGAGAAUGACACUGAGGGACAGUACAGUGUCAAUCCUUCUUACCGAUCCUCAGCUCACUAUGGAUAUGACCGCCAGAGGGACUACAGCAGGUCUUUCCACGAAGACGAGGUAGACCGCGUACCCCAUAACCCUUAUGCAACCCUCCGGCUGCCAAGGAAGGCUGCCGUGAAAUCUGAGCACAUCACCAAAAACAUCCACAAGGCCUUAGUUGCUGAGCACCUGCGUGGCUGGUACCAGAGGGCUUCUGGGCAAAAGGAUCAGGGGCACAGCCCACAGACUAGCUUUGACUCGGACAGAGGCUCACAGAGGUGCCUGGGCUAUGCUGGGCUGCAGGUGCCCUGUUCUCCAAGCAGUCGGGCGUCUUCCUACUCUUCAGUGUCUUCCACAAAUGCUUCUGGGAACUGGAGGACCCAGUUAUCCGUGGGGCUGUCUGAAUACGAAAAUCCAGUACACUCUCCCUACACCAGCUACUAUGGCAGCAUCUACAAUCCCUUGCCUUCUCCAAGCAGACAGUAUGCAGAGACCACUCCACUGGACGGUACAGAUGGAAACCAGCUGGAAGACAACCUGGAGAGUGAGCAGAGACUCUUUUGGCACGGAGACGCCAAGCCUGGAACAUUAGUCUGAAUGCAGUUGGACCCCCGACCAUGCACUGCGCGUUCUCACACUAGCGUGCCUUGAAAAGUCCUCUAGAAGGCUUUAGAAACUGAGGGCAUCAAAGGGGGAAGAGAAGACUUACGUGGUUUGAAAGUGAAUCACACACAAAGCCCCACAAAGCCCUGGAUGAGGUCUGGCCUUCCAAACUCUAGGCACUAACCCAUCCCGAAGUCUGCCCCACAGCGAGCUCUUACGAAGGGAGGAAGAACUGUCAAAGGCAAGCCUCGAACCUGGGGACAUGUUCAGGGAGUCUGUCCCAUUGGAAAGAAGGACAGGAAAUUUCAGAGCACAGUUCAGAAUGCCCAGAGGGGAAACCCAGAAGCUCCUGAAUCGUGGUUCAUCACCACAAGGUUUGAACUCGUGAGCUGAUAGAAAACAUGCUGUUUCUACAAAGAGAUGAGGACAAUUUUUAGACAGUAUUGGAAACUUACUUGAAGAAGAGUUAGAUUUUCAUGAAGUUCUGAAUGAGUGUAAAUGUGUUAGGAUAUUGCAAGUGAUGUUUUUCAUAAGCACCCUCGUAUGGAUUCUAGUCAUUCUGGUUGCUGUAGCACCCUGUUACUGUAACUCAAUGGUAGCCAACUAGAGGGAAUGAAGCAACUGGCCAGCUCUGCUUGGAACACGUUCUUAAGGUACCAUCCCUGUUGUGCUUCCCAAUACUGACUGCUCAAGACCCCCUGGCUCUCCACCUUGACAUGGUGGGCUCAGGGUGGACAGUCUGUGUAACCACGAGCCUGAAAAAAAAAAGUGUUUCAAGAUGAUAACAGACAGGACCCCAGAGGACAAAGCCAACCCACAUCAUCCUAGAUGAAUCGCGUGCCUUAAAGUGGUGAACAGUAGAAAGUUAAGCCUAGGAUCUGAACUCCAGAAGUAAAUCCGGGUCACAAAGUGACGAAAUGAGAUUGGCGGAAAAGAAUUUUACUCCAAGCUGCAGGAGAUUGAAUUAUGAGGAUUAAACUACCUCAUACCCCCCCCCCCCCCGGAGGAACCAAUUAGCCUAGAUUUGUUGUUCAUGGGGUUUUGCUUGCUUUUAGAGCAGCCUUGGUUUUUUGUUUUUUGUUUUUUUGUCUCUUUAUUCCGCUUCAAAAUCCCACAAAAGGUGCUCCCUUCCCCUCCCUUUUAUACGAGUUUCUUGCUCAUAUUGUGAAUAGAGACAUUUCUCAACAACUUUUCUGGAACAUUUUUCUACUUGUAUUCCAAAGCAUGUAACAUAUACAUAAAAAAAAAAUUCAUUUGAUAAACCAGUCCUCCGUCAUUUGUAUCAUUAGAAAUGAAGUUUGGGAAAAAUUUUUUUGAAAAAAGAAAAAAAGACACAAGUAAAAAAAAAAAAAACCAAUAACUUAUUCCUUUUUGCAGAUUUGUAUAGCCUUCUGGACUUGGAAAUAGCCUUUUGCAUAUACUUUCACUGUUCUGACUUGUUGAGACCUAUUAUUUUUUUACAUAGGUCAAUAAACUGAUGGUGUGCUACUGAG